AUUCAAAUUCAGAUUGGAGCAAUUGUAAUUGGCAUGCUAAAGAUCAAACAACACCAAUUGUCAUCGUAAAAGAAUUUGUAAGAAAAGAUUGGGCUUGGAAUUUUUAUACUAUAUAUAAUGGUUGGUAUCAUAGAAAAAUAAUAUUUCUCUUCACAAAACAUGAUAUCGAUAAUUGGUAUAAUAUAUUCAGAACAAAAGAAGGUUACGAUGAAAAAACUUUUAAUGAUAAACUUUGGAGAUUAGAUGAAUCUUAUGUUUAUAAACUUAAUGAAAACAACAGAAGAAAAAUAAUUGAAAGUAUUUAUUAUAAAUAUAAAAAUAACUUAGUUUUACAAAAUUGUAAAAAUGAAGAUAGACAUAAUCACUGUAUUAGAUAA